AUGGCUGGAAAAUUGGCAAAUAGUGCAUUAAUGCUACUUUUUCUAGCACUAAGAUUAGAAGCAGGGGGGGUUGUAAUUUAUUGGGGCCAAAAUGAGAAUGAAGGUACCUUGCUCAGUACUUGUGCAUCAAAUAACUAUGUCAUUGUGAAUAUUAUUUGCCUUGUAGUUUUUGGUAAUGGCCAAAAACCAGUGCUGAACUUAGCUGGUCAUUGUGAUCCUAGUGCUGAUGCAUACACUGGGUUGAGCAAUGACAUUAGAGCACGUCAAAGAAAGAGAGGCAUUAAAGUUAUGCUCUCACUUGGUGGUGGUGCUAGAAGUUAUUUCCUUUCUUCCGCUGAUGAUGCCAGGAAUGUAGCAAAUUAUUUAUGGAACAACUAUCUUGGAGGCCAGUCAAAUUCAUGUCCACUAGGGAAUGCAAUUCUAGAUGGAAUUAAUUUCGAUAUAGAAGAAGGGACCACACAAUACUGGGAUGAACUGGCAAGAGCCCUCUCGGGAUUCUGCCAACGAAAAAAGGUAUACUUAACUGCAACUCCACAAUGUCUAUUCCCAGAUGCAUGGUUAAAUGGAGCACUCUCCACUGGCCUAUUUGACUAUGUUUGGGUUCAAUUCUAUAACAAUCCCCCGUCUCGAUACUCUGGUGGGCGCACGGAAAAUCUAAAAGAUUACUGGAAUAAAUGGACCUCGAGUCAAGCUGGAAAGAUUUUUCUAGGAUUACCGGCAGCUUUAAGAGCUGCUGAAAGUGGUUUUAUACCAUCUGAUGUUCUUGUUUCUCAGGUUCUACCAGCAAUUAGUAGUUCACCAAAGUAUGGAGGUGUUAUGCUUUGGUCUAAAUUUUAUGAGAAUGGAUACAGUUCUGCUAUAAAGCCCAAAGUCUGA